UAUGAAGCGGCUGUAUUUUUUUCUGCUAGAGGUACAUGUACAUUUAAUUUCUUGCAAAUGAGAGUCUUGUGCAAAUUAGUGUGCACAACAGAUAACACACUGGGUAUUGGUUUAUCUCCCACAUUGGGUCAACUAAUCUGCCUGUUGUUUAGCCAGUCAGAUCUGCUGGAGAGAUAAACCAUUGAUAAAUGGUGUUCACCAAAGUUGCCACAUCAUCACACAGUUGCACUAUGCCCAGCUGGGCUGGCAACCAGCCGCAAUAGGCUCAUACACACACCAAUCCGUGCUCGUGAAAAGGGGGAGUGACUCUGACCUAUCAUUGGCCGAGAGCUGCACUUAAGAACCACCAGGCAUGCCAGGUAUUAGGUUAGUCCAUCACAUGUGAAUGGUGUGCUGGGAUUGAGUGGUGUGCAUUGUGCGUUUGGUGCUCUGUGGUUCCAGCCUGUAAACUUACAGUGCAACAAGUGGGUGUUCCAGUCUUUACCUCGGAGAAAAAAAGAAGUUUGGGCUUUUGACAAGAUGACUGAAGUAGCAAACAAUAACGUGCACAAUGACAUAAACGGCAAGCCAGACCCGUAUGGCAUCCGUACCCGGAAGCAACACGACAAGGAGGUGGCCACCAACGUGACAGAGCAGGUCCAUCAUGUCUCCCGUGACAAGCGUGGGCAGGUCAUGGGCACCCGUGGAGGCUUCCGCGGCUGCACCGUCUGGUUCACUGGUCUGUCUGGGGCAGGAAAGACCACCAUCAGCUUCGCUCUGGAGGAGUACCUCUGUCAUCACGGCAUUCCGGCCUACUCGCUGGAUGGCGACAACAUGCGGAAGGGGCUGAACAAGAACCUGGGCUUCUCCCACGAGGACCGAGUGGAGAACAUCCGCCGGGUCUCGGAGGUGGCCAAGCUGUUUGCCGAUGGCGGCGUGGUGUGCCUGAAUUCGUUCAUUAGCCCCAAUGCCAAGGACCGUGAGGAAGCCAAGGUCCUACACAAGUCCAUCGGCCUGCCCUUCUAUGAGGUGUACGUCAGCACUACCCUAGAGGUGUGCGAAUCGCGUGAUGUCAAAGGGCUGUACAAGAAGGCACGAGCUGGCAUCAUUAAAGGAUUCACCGGUAUUGACCAGGACUACGAAGUCCCAGAGAAUCCAGACCUUAACCUUGAUGCUGGCUCCUUGACCGUGGACCAGUGCGUGGAGAAGAUGAUCAAGUUCCUACGGGGAGAGGGUAUCAUCCCAGAGUCUGCCGUGGACAGCGUCAAGGAGCUCUUUGUGCCGGAGUCGGCCCGGGAGGCUGCUACUAACGAGGCGAGCACGCUGGAAUACGUUGAAAUCAACAAGGUGGACAUGCAGUGGGUUCAGGUCCUGGCGGAGGGCUGGGCAUCCCCCAUGACGGGGUUCAUGAGAGAGCGAGAAUUCCUACAGUGUCAACAUUUCAACUGCAUGCUGGACGGUGGAGCUAUCAACCAAUCAGUGCCUAUUGUCCUGGCUGUUACCACGGAGGAUAAGGAGAGACUGUCCAGUAAAGAGGCUUUUGCCCUCUCGUAUGAGGGACGUCGUGUCGCCAUCCUGCGUUCGCCGGAGUUCUACGAACACCGCAAGGAGGAACGUUGCUGUCGUCAGUGGGGGACAAGCAAUCCUGGCCAUCCUUACAUCAAGAUGGUGAUGGAAAGUGGGGACUGGCUGGUGGGCGGUGAUCUGGAGGUCCUUGAUCGUAUAUGCUGGAACGACGGGCUGGACAAUUACCGCCUGACCCCCAACGAACUUCGCGCCAAGUUCCGCCAGCUGGGUGCCGACGCCAUCUUUGCCUUCCAGCUGCGCAACCCGGUCCACAAUGGCCACGCUCUCCUGAUGAAUGACACCAAGCGUCGCUUAAAGGACCGCGGCUACAAGAAGCCCACACUGCUACUUCACCCUCUCGGUGGUUGGACCAAAGAAGAUGACGUUCCCCUUCCAGUUCGUAUGAAGCAGCACCACGCCAUAUUGAAGGAGGGUGUGCUGGAUCCAGAGAGCACUGUAUUAGCGAUCUUCCCCUCUCCCAUGAUGUAUGCUGGUCCCACAGAGGUCCAGUGGCAUGCCAAAGCUCGCAUGGCCACAGGUGCCAAUUUCUACAUCGUGGGUCGUGACCCGGCUGGUAUGCCACACCCGGACGGUACUCGAGACCUCUACGACCAUUCCCACGGCAGAAAGGUGUUGACCAUGGCCCCGGGCUUGACCCAGUUGGAGAUCAUCCCAUUCCGUGUCGCUGCCUACAACACCAAGAAGCGGGCCAUGGACUUCUUUGAUCCGGAGAGGAAGGAAGAUUUCGACUUCAUCUCUGGGACCCGCAUGCGCAAGCUGGCGCGCUCAGGGGAGAACCCGCCGGAUGGGUUCAUGGCGCCGCUGGCCUGGACCGUGCUGUCAGAGUACUACCAAUCCCUGCAGCAGAAGUAAUGCCGGAGCGCACCCUCGUCGGGGUGACCUUUGUGGGCAGCGUCAACAGCGCCCUCAAGAGGUGACCUUACGGGGGCCCACAGCCAGGCAGCAAAUUCGGCAUGACCAGUUUAAUGAAAAAUGAACCUCCCCCUGAUUGUCUUGUUUUAAAGGCUAUGAUUUCUUAAGAAGCAGUGGAUUGGAGUAUAUAAACGUAAACCAAGUUCGCACAUUGCAUUUAUUGGGAUUGGGUUUAUGAGAGGGCGUGAUUCCAGUCAGAGCCAUAAUUGGAAUAUCAAAAAUUGUCAGGCAGCAUCCGUGGAUCUGUAUUCCAUAUUCACCUAAAGGUGAUUGUUUUUUCAUUCCCCAGUUAUUUUUACCCUUUUUUAUUUACUGUUUGUAUUUCUUUUUUUUAAUUACUCCGAAAUUACUCUGUUUUUAACCAUACAGGUACCCUGUAUUUAUGUUGGAAGUCUUCCAACUUUUCAUUUCAGCCACCCACAUUCUGUCCUUUCAAUUCGUUACUCCCUUUCAGCGUAAACUCCACUUUUAACAGGUUUUGGUUCCAGCUUGUACAUGUGUUCACAGUCUCUUUUUGAGGCUAAAUUGAAUUAUUUCAUCUUCACUGCCGGAACGAUUAUCUCUUACCUUCUUCCCCACUAGAUUUAAUCUUUUAACUUUGUGUUUCUUUGGUUUUACCUUUUAUCUUAAAGAGUGACUCGGAGCUGAUCUCAUUAAAGGGACCCUGUCCAGGAAUUUAUAGCGUGGGAAACAAUUUGCUUGGCAAAAGCAGUUUUUGAGCCGAAACUUCGAUCAUUGUCCAGUGCUUGAACCCAGUCAUGCUGAAGUUUAUGUUCGGCGAUAUGUGUUUUUCUGUGGAUCUCAAAACUUUCAGGAAGGUUCAAGGCUGCCUAUUUUCUUGGCCAGCUUGAUCACAAAUAAAGUGCUGUCUCAAAUAUCACUGUCGAGACAGGUUCAUUGACAAGGACUCCUGACAAAUUUGCCAUUGGGCUUGAAUUCCCAAAACUGCUUUUCGGACUGGCAAACUUUUUCAGAAGGGAUGGCAUUUGUUUCGGACCAGCGGCUUUACCAUGAACAGAAGAAAUUUCUAACUAUCUAUCUCACUGUAUCUCCAUAUUUGCUCGAUGACAUGUUUAAAGUGAUGUACAAUGUAGGUCAAGUACAGGGUUUUAAACAUGUACACGUAAAAUACCUUAUUACAAGCACAAAAGAUAUUCCGAACAAAAUGCUGCAGUAUGACAGGCUGACGUGACGAUUUCGUGAGUAAUCUUUGGUUAGUUGUUUCAGAGUGUGUACCAGUCUCCGCAUGGGUCUUCCUCAAAUUUUUUUUUGAUACCAGAUGAACGACGUCCAUGAAGCCAAAUUAUAACAGUCAUUUUGGAUGCAGUAUCAAGACCGAUGAAUUGUGUAUCAUAAAUUCCUCUACUUCCCCAUUCAGGGUUGAGAUCAGUCAAGUCAUGCAUACGAUGGACUUUGCCGACUUCGAAAUGUAAGGACCCAAAUUCGGUUGUAACCGCUGUAUUCACCAUUUUGUCAUACUUUUAUCAUUCCAAAACAGAGGAUAGAAACCUGCUGUUCCAAGUGUAUUGAUUUGACCAAUUGGAGUGCUAUGCGAUAAUUUUUUUUUGGGGGGGGGCAUAUGGCUUCAAAAUGCAUUUUGAAAUGGUGGCUACGUUCAUGGUGUUGCCAGAGAAAGUGAGGCCACAUCUGAAGCCAGUGUUUCAAAAACCCAUACACUUUGUCAAACCUCGGAUUUGUCUUUGGCUUCAGGUGAUUGCGCUCAUAGCCCCGUCAUUCUCUGCUUUUCAGGAAUAUCCCAUUCUCAAAUGUGAAGCCAUGGUUUGGAGUAUUUCUAUUUGGUUUUGAACAUUUGGGGGGCUUCAGCAGUGAUCAGUGCACCAAAGAUGGUAAUGCUGGAUGCAAAAGUCAAGGUGAUCGCAUGGUUUAAAUGUACCUCACUUGCAAAAAGAAAAAAAAAAUUAUUGAUUUAUUUGCAACUGGCUGAAAUGGCAUUGUAAAUCCCUCUCUCUCCCUGUUGUGUGUCAUAAGUUGAUUCAAUAGAGGCUACCGAUUGAAUGGCUAAUUUCAUGAGUUCAUUGCAUUCAGGUCAAGAAAGUGAAAGUUUUUUAAACAUGAACUUAAUGUGAAAUUUUGUGGUGUGUAGUUUUUAUCGGUUCCUUUUUAAUGUUAGAUUUUUUUCCAUUGACUGCCACAUUUGUGACUGCAGUAACAGCUGUGCUAGUGUCUUACACAGUAGAAAAGACGAAGAAUGUGAAUGUUGGAUGUCCGUUUUUAUCUGGCGUAUUUUCGUAGGGUGGCUAGCCUUGCUGCAAGACUCUUCUGUUUGACUUCAGUUAUACAAAUAGUGGUGUCUUGCACCAAUACUACAUGGGGGUGAGAAAAAAACAGAUUGCCAGUUAAUGUGACAUCUGCGAACAAGGCUGUUUCAGGUUAUUGCCUGAAAAUGGAGGGUAAAAAAGGAAAGGCGUAUUUGACACACAGGGCCCUCCAUAUUCUGUACCACUGCCAUCAUUAUCAAAAUGGAACUCUUGUAAUGCAAUCAUUACAAAAGACAUUUGUAACUUAAAAACCAGGCCCAGUUUAAACAUUUGUCAAUUUUGUCAUGAACUGUUGCAAGUUGUAGGCCUGUGCAGUGUUUAUACAAAACCAGUGGUGGGUGGAAAUGGGUUGGCAUUUUGCUAGGAGUUCUGGUUGUCUGUAUGUGCAAUUGUGUUCAUUUUACAUUAGGUUGAUAUUUCAGCACAGGUACUGUUCCAGGUCAUUUGUCCAUAAUUGUUAUUUAGUGACAUGUUGAGAUUUUCAACCACAGGUAGUGAAGCGUGUUUCAUCACAUUUAGUUCUCAGUCUGGCAUUGUUUCGAUGCUCCCUGCAUUAUCGGUUUUGUAGGUUUCUGUUUGGAAUCUUUGACAGCGGGGCUGCGGAAGAGUGUGGAGACCGAAAAUGUGCAAAUUUCCAAAGUUUCAGUUCAUUUUUCAAGAGAAAGGGAUUUCCCCAACCUGCUCAAGUCACGUGAAUGUCCGCGACUUUCGCUCUCAUGCUGGUUAUGUUUACGUCUAAGCUUUUGCUUCCAUUAUUUUAUCAUCAAUUAAUAAUUUAAAUGAAUGGUUAGCCAGCUGUUUUACACAAGUUAGAACAAUUUCAGUCAUUUGUGAAUAACAUAAUGAAUAGCUCUCAAAAUGCUGAUGUGGCAAGAUAAACCCUAUUUUUCUAAAUACAGUUUUAUUCUCUCUUUAAAAUCUAUAAUCAUGGCAAAGACAAAUUUAGAAUAAACCAGUGCAAAAAAGUCA